AGAAAUUGUGAUAAAGUAUGCAAAGAAUUAUAUUCGAUUAUGCAGUAUUUCUACUGCUGGUUGCGUUGUCAUUCGCAGUAUUCAUUUAUAGUAAAAUAACCGGCCCCAAAGAACAGACGAAAGCGAACUAUAUGUUCGCGUCCAAAGGGUCGGUUUCGAUGGGAGCGAUGCUCCUAUCCAUUACACGUGGAUUUCUGGGUGUCAAAGUCUUCCUCGGGUAUCCAUCCGAAUUUUACUAUAGAGGAAGCGGUAUGUGGGAAACCCUGUACGGGAUGUGCCUAGCAUUCCCGUUGGUUUUAUAUUUUUUCCUACCGGUAUAUUUCAAUCUCGGAAUUACUUCGGUUUAUCAGUACUUAGAUAUGCGAUUCAAAUCAAGACUUGUGAGGAGGCUGGCGUCUGCUACAUACUUUCUUAGAAGUAUACAGAACCUUGGCGUAACAGUUUUCACACCGUGCGUCGCCUUAAAAACUGUGAUGGGAUUGCCUUAUUGGUUUUCAAUCAUCUUAAUUACAUCGAUUGCCAUUGUUUUCACAGUAUUGGGAGGUCUGAGGUCAGCUAUCCUUGCAGACGCCGUACAGAGUUUAGUGAUGAUCGGUUGCAGCAUAAUGAUCAUUAUUCACGGAUUCUUUAUAGCUAAAGGUCCGCUGAAUGUGUUCGAAGUGACCAAGGAACGAGACAGACUGGACUUUUUCAAUUUCAACAUGGACCCCACGCUUCGUGUAUCGACGGUGUCCGCCACUCUUGGUCAGCUGUUCAUGACGCUUUCGAUGUUCGGAUGCCAACAAAAUCUCGUUCAACGCUAUUUUAGUAUGGACUCUCAGAAACAAGUUGAAAAGGCUUUGUGGCUAACCAUACCGUUGACGAUAUUCCUCUUCAGUCUAUCGUGGAUUGUCGGUAUGGUGAUAUUCACGGUGUACGCUGAUUGCGAUCCUCGAGCACUCGGAUACAUAUCAGAGAUCGACGAGAUCAUACCUUUUUACAUUGAAGACAGAUUUUACUUUUUGCCGGGUUUCAUGGGCCUCGUAUUGGCCACCUUAUUCAACAGUGGACUCAGUAUAGUGUCCAAUUUAAAUUCAAUCUCCACUGUUGCUUGGGAAGAUUUUGUCUCACAAAUACCAAUAUUCAAAGGUACCAGUGAAAAGAACCAAUUGUGGUGCAUUAAAAUCAUAAGUGUAAUUACUGGUUUUAUAGUUAUGGGUGUUGCGUUUAUUGUCGCACAAUCUUCAGGUGUUAUUGAUGCUUCUCAGCUAAUGACGUCCGCAACUAGUGGACCUCUUUUAGGAGUUUUUGUUUUAGCUAUGUUUUUCCCAUCGACGAAUUGGAAAGGCGCUGCGGCCGGUAUAAUAUCUAGUCACUUGGUGACCCUGUUUAUUAUUCUUGGAUCGUUAUCUAUCGCCAAAGAACCUAAUUAUCUGCAAGUGUCCACUGAAGGGUGUACGAAUACGACGUUCUCGCCAUACAUCGAACCGAUUUUUGAUAUACAGUAUAACCAAUACAAAAUGAGCUUUUUGAAUAAAACCCACGACGAAAUUUCCAGUGUCCUGUCGACGCCUGAAGUCGAAUCGUCCUCCACAGACGAUAUACUGACAAUGUUGUACUCGAUAACGUAUAUGUACUACUCAUUAUUGGGCACAUUUGUAACAGUCUUCGUCGGAGUCAUAGUCAGCUACAUGACAGGUAAAAACAAAACAGAUACCAAAAAUUACAUUCAAAUAAAUUGAAAUGUACGAUUUAUUGGUGAUUGCACAUUUCGUAAACCAUACCGUUGGUGAUUGUCCUUACAUUAUAUUUAUACUUAUAACUCAUUUUAUUGAAAGCAAAACAUAUAUUACCUAAGUUAUUCUAUAAUAUUAUUACCUAUCAAAUAUGUUUGCUUGAUUGUUGUCUAUGGUAUUUUUAUGUUUCUAGAACCACUAAAUUAGAUCUGAAACAAACAAAGUUUUAUAUUAAAAAAAUUAAAACUGAUAAUUAUUUUAACUUGUGAGUUGUGACAUUAUAAUAAUAUAGUAAUUUGUUUAACCUGAUACAAAAUAUCUAGCCCAUUACAUUGUAAUGAGUAAAACGAAUAAUCAUCUUACCUAUUGAAUUUAUGGUAAUAUUAUAAUAUUACAAGAAUUGCAAACCAAGACGAAAUAUACAGCUUCAUAUUAAAAUAAUAGA